CAAGGCUGUUCAGGGACUGGCCAUCGAGCUACGGUGCGAUAGCCUUCACUGCACAAACUACGCUACUUUGCGGCUUCGGUUGCGUGGGCUCCACCACCCUCUGUCCUGGUUAUGAUUGCCGUCGCUCCGCUCCGUCUCCAAAGGUAUGCGACUAGAGACUGCGGCGCAGACGCUGAGGGCAACACCAUGAACUAUCUACUUCCAAGCUUCACCCUGAGACUUAACCGCGCUCUGCAAUAGCUGCGCCGCUUGGAACCUGGCAACAUGUAUGCUAUUUGUACUCGUCUGUGUCAAUAAAGGCUCGACAGCCUCGUGGAUCUGCUCGUUCAGCCGCCCACCAACCACGCAAACCUUGCCAUCAAUCAGUUAUGAGCCCCUUGCAAUACCCGAAUCGCAAUGAGUAUGCUAUCGGUCAUAGGUGUCUUUCUACCCGACAAAACACGACGGUGGAGACAUUUACCGGUGAGCAAAGCGAGCGACCUUUGACCGGCAACGGCCUCUAUCAUGCCUUUCCACUGAGCCUCCCGCAACAUCUGGCAACAUUGGCACGACAAAAUGGUCUUGGACUGCUGCUGCAAGCGGGCAUACCGACCUGUAUCGAUACCUUUCCAUCCUCGCACACCUCCACGAUCGACGCUGCGCAUUGGGAGGUCCCUUUGCCUGUAGCAUGGCCGUCCGAGAUGGUGGGCUUUCAGCAACCAACACCAGCUCCCUCUGCCGAGCUUCCGCAAUUGACCUGGAGAGCGGGCUGUUGUCCAGUCGGUGCUCGCACGCCCCUCACGUCAACUUGGACACCUACACGCCUACUCCCAACCGCAUCCUCUCAGAUUCCGGAGGGUUGCAGUCCAUCACCACACAGCACUUGCUCGCAGAUUUCCGACCAGUCUUCGUCGUGCACGCAGUAUGAUAGCCUGGUCCCAGCUACAGCUCCGCCAGUCAUAAAGGUUGAAGCACCGUUUGGCUACGGUGCAACCUUCCACCAUGGUCUGCCCGUCGGAGGUGUACUCGACCCGUCACUGCUUGUCACUCCCGGAGAGCUCUCGUCCACCCGGUCAUAUCCCUCAACCGACUCUCCUUCUCUUUCGUCGGAAUCGCCGUACAUCUCUCCUUCCGCCAGUCCUCAAUUGGAGACCGUAAAACCUAUGCGUCAUCUGCAGCGACCACAACUUUCUCGACGGCCUUUCUCGGCCAGUGAUACAGACGGACAAGGACAGCGCCGAAGACGUACACUCACCAAGCAGGAGGAUGCGAGCUGUUCUUGCAAGUUGUGCGGCAAGCUCUUUCAGCGCACCUAUAAUCUCAAGGCUCAUAUGGAAACCCAUGAUCCGCAACGACAUCAGCCCAACACCUGUCCAUGGCCUGACUGUGAUAAAAAGUUCGUGAGGCGGACGGACCUGGUGCGGCAUGAGCAGAGUGUCCACUUCAAGAAGCGCGAGCAUGCCUGCCACCUGUGCGACAGCACGUUCGCGCGAAAGGAUACCCUUCGCAGGCGCGUUAACCUUGAAUAUCGUUAGUGCGCGUGAGCUGACAGUCCAUCACAGGCACAUUGAAGAUGGUUGCCCUAAGCGGCCUGAGGUCAGAAGACGCAUCCCAAAGCCCCGAAGUUCAUCAGAUGUCUCGCUUCCUACAGAAGACUAUUGGAAAACCAAUUGCAAACCGGUACUGUUGGGUCACCCAGCAGGUUUUGCCUGAUAACGAGCCUCCUUCGCACAGUGUG